AAGAGGCUCUUAAAGGGCAAGGCCAUGCCUUUGCUUUUGUGACAGGGUCCUUUGACCCUUCGGUGCAUGCAGGCAGUUGUCGCCAGGCACUGAGAAAGACAUGCGCCUCCGAUAAUGGAGAUAAAAGACUCGGGCAGCGUGGUGCUGACAGCCUACCAUUCUUACACUCCAUCCCGGCUGCCAAGCGGAGUGGAGCAGAGCUUCGCGCCAGAGAGUCCCCCUAGCCGGUCGCCUCUCAGAAAAUCCCUCCCUCGAUGCCAAAGAAUCAACAGGAUGCUCUCCAAUGAAUCCUUACGUCCUCCUGUAUACAGCCGUUCCAAUUCCCAGGCCUCUGUUGAUAGCACCUCUAUGGAAGAUUUCUGGUGUGAGGUGGAAAAUAUCAAAGAGAACACUGAAGAUAGGCAAGAUGAACAAACCUUGUUAGAAAUCAAGCUUCCCGAUGAAGGGGAAUUGGAAGCGGAAUGGUUGCAAGAUGUAGGUCUGUCUACAUUAAUAUCUGGAUCUGAAGAGGAAGAUGGAGAAGCAUUGCUGUCGACCCUGACUCGAACUCAAGCAGCUGCAGUACAAAAGAGAUACAACACCUACACUCAAACGAUGAGAAAGAAGAAUAAGCACACUGUCCGAGAUGUGCGAGACAUCUUUGGAAUCAAUGACACUUCUCCCACGUUUGAGGCCAUGCCAGUGUCACCUGUUCUGACUAACGGAAUCCAACUUCCUGUGCAGAAACCAGGUUGGGAAAUGGUUAGCUCUCCUAGCUAUCGAAAAUGUGAAUUUGAUAAAGACAGCCAAUCUGUAACAGAAGAGCUGUCCUUUGAGAUCUCUUUCUCAGAAUCCAUCAUGGUGAUUCCAAAACAUAGAGAAUGGCACAAAAACCAGAGGUUAAAAAAGGAUGAAUCUGCUUUGCCUAACUUUGUGAUUAGGAAAAGCCGAUAUGGACUGACAGAAGUUGGAGAUUUGUCUCUUGAUGACAUGAAGAAAAUUCGGUAUCUGUCUCUAAUUGAGCUAACAGCCUUCUACGAUGCUUUAGGAAUAGAGCUGAAGAGGAACAGAACAGAAAGAGUAAAAGGACGAGAAGGCGGUCUUUUUGGAGUUCCAUUAACAGUGUUGCUGGAAAAUGAUCAGAAGAAGAUGCCUGGAACAAAAGUUCCUCUCAUCUUUCAAAAACUGCUGCUAAAGCUUGAGGAAACAGGUCUGGAAACAGAAGGAAUUCUUAGAGUGCCAGGAUCAGCUUCAAGAGUUAAGAGUCUUCGCCAGGAAAUAGAAGCAAAAUUCGAUGAAGAUACCUUUGACUGGGAUCAGAUACGCAACAAUGAUGCGGCAGGGUUGCUAAAGAUGUUUAUACGAGAACUUCCAAGUCCUCUUUUCACUGUGGAAUAUCUGCCUGCUUUCAUCACAUUAGUGGAAAAAAUUUCCCAAGUCAAACUACAACUGCAGGCUUUGCACUUGCUGAUCAUGUUGCUUCCUGAUGCCUGCAGGGACGCAGCCAAGGCGCUCCUGCAGUUCUUAAAGAAGGUGGUUGCUAACGAAAAGAAAAACAAGAUGACUUUAUGGAAUGUUUCCAUGAUCGUUGCCCCAAACCUCUUCGUCUACAAAGGCAAACGUGCAAACCAAGAAGAGAUGCUAACAGCAGCCACCACUGCACAUAUUGUGAGACUUUUGAUUAAAUACCAGGACAUCCUGUGGAUAGUUCCGACUUUUCUGAUUUCUCAAGUAAGAAAGAUGAAUGAUGCUGCAAUAAACAAUACAAAAAGGCAGCUGAUGUUUGACAAAGGUGUGCGAAGGCUAUUGAGAAGAAAAACUAUGGAGCGAGAGAGACCUGAAAGAACAGAGUUUCUACAGUCUGACAUACCUGAAGGAGUGAUAAGAGUUCAUGCUCCACUGCAUUCGAAAGUUUCUAUGGCAAUUCAGCUGAACAAUCAAACAAAAGCCAAAGAUAUUCUGGCACGAUUUUACUGUGAAAACAGCCAUGGAUCAUCAGAGAACAUGAAAAUGCAAAUCCAAAGUUUACAUGAAAUUGGGGGAAAUAUAGGACAACAUUGUUUGGACCCAGAAACUUACAUGCUAGAUGUUUACCAUUCAAAUCCUCAAGCAGAAUGGGUAAUUAAACCAAAAACAAGUUGAAACAAAUAUGUGUGGGCAGAGUACUUUGGAAAAAUGCCAAAAGAAUGGUGGAAAAGCCUCCCCUAUCAGGAACCACAGUGCCAAGGAUGAAACCAAAGUAGUUGCUUCUCUGCAUAUCUCUUCCCAACAUGAUUUACAGCCUCUGCCUUCCAAAUACACCAGAGAUCUUGAGAACUGUUACUCCAGUUAAUGGUUUGCUAUCAAAAUAAUUUAUUUUGCAAUGAGUACACUCACACUGGUUUAAGUUGUGCCAGUUUUCAGUGGAUAUGAAGGAACACAGACAGUUCAUGUUGAUAGAAUAAAAAUUGGAUUCCUUCCCAUAAUGCCACCCAUUUUUUAUGAAGAAGAAAUGCAGUGGCGUCCCAGGAGACUUAAGAAUGACCACCAAUCGCAAGAUAUUGCAAAGGAAUCAACAGAUUCAACAAAAGGGAGAGAAUCACUGAAUCUGAACAAGGGGAGAUGCCAACAUUCUCUGAGAGUUCAUUCCUGUUUAAAGGAAACCUCUUUCUGAUCAUAUAUUACCUGUGUUUCAGUUCAUGUUACUGGCUGCCAAUGAUGGGAAUAACUACUGUAUAAAGCAUUUUUACUGUUAAUGUACUGUGCAUGUAUAUAAAUACAUAGGUAUACACAAUUACAUAUUGGCAUUUUAAAAGUAUCUUCUCUGCCUUUGACAAAUUAAUUUGUAACAAUUAACACAUGUUAAUUUGAAACUCAAACAUUUCAAACUAUAUACCACUUUAUGUUAUUUGUGCCACAGUGAACCAAUCUGAAAGCGUUGAAAGGCAGAUGUUAGCAAGAUAGAUGGACACCAGAUUAUUCAUAACACUCGCAAAUGUUUUUUUUUGGGGGGGGGGUUACUUAAAGCGCCAUAUUUUGAAACAUUUAUGUGAUGUGAUGAAUAUUUUACAGGUGCCUAUUCAAAAGACAUGUUUUUCAACGUAUAUAUAUUCCUUCCUUCCUUCCUUCUUCUUUUUCUUCCUCUUUAAAUUUAAUUUUGAUCCAACAGUAUUGAACAUAAUGGUCCCUCCCUGAAACUUAAAUAUUAGAAGCAAUCUUGGAUUGUUAUUGUAAUCCCAGAUAUGGAGUGUGCACCAAGGAUAAAGCAUUAUAGAUCUUGGGCAUAAUCCAGCUAUGUAAAGCCUCCAAAAGACAAGUCAUCACCUGCCUAGAUAAUUUGCUCCAUUGAUGAACUGCCUUUACCAAUAAAAAGUGCCUCCUAAUGUUAAACUGAAAGCCACCCUCCGAUAUUAAGCCCAUUGACACCAACCCUCCUUUGUGGCAACAGAAAAGUCACUGCCCUCUCUGUGACAUUCCCAGAUUUAAAGAGAUAUAAAGUGCAGAAGGCAGGAAUGUGUCACUCCAUGAUUCUGCAAACAGAAACAAUGUCUCUUCAGAGAAAUGUAAACUAUUUAGAAAAGUACUGGAAUACUCUAUCAGUUUAUAUUGCUAGUGUCUUUAUAGUAGUGCUGGGUUGGAUAUUGCCCCCCCUUCUCUCCUAACCCUUUUGCAGCCAGAGAAAGGCUGGUAGGGGUGGGGGUGGGAGUGGGAUAUUCAGUACUUUGGGGGCAGGAGUUGCACAUUCCAGGAGGAAAAAAGCUGGCUGGUAGGAGCCAGUUUCCACACCCUAAAAAUGUUGCAGUUCUUUUGUGGAACCCUCCCCGCAAAGAAAGUAUGGGAGUUUUCUACAGUCCUGAACCUAAAAAUUGGUGAUACAAAAUGUUGAAAGUAACUUUAGCUAAUCAUUUUAAACUACCUCAUUGCAUUUGCUUAGAAAACUACAUAUUCAAAGUCUUUGGGCUUGAUUCGGCUUGAGCCAGAAGGUUGUAUGUGACUGUGUGAACUGGUCAAACAGUCCCAAUCACCCGUCGUGUAUGGGGCAGGGUGAGAUUUCUUCAGCCCUAUCCCUGCUACCGUUGCAUACACAUCUCAAACCAUGGUCUACCAUUGUGCUUGAAAUCCCAAGGCAGAAUGCAGAGAUCUACUCACAACAACCCCAUUUAUGACACAAGUCUUGUAGACAUGUUUGCCAGUCUAAUGUGGUGAGUGCCCAGAAGCCAUCUUCAAUGGUCCAAUUCCACUUCCUGGAUUAGAAAUCCCCCCCCCCAACUACAAACCUAGCCUGUUAUAAUUAGUGUUAGCACUAGUAAUAUUUAUUUUUCUGUAUACAAGUGUGGUCAUCCACCAAAAUGUCACAGGAGAGAAAGGUACGGAAAAGAGAAGGAAAUUCUUUCUCAACUUUCUCUCUUCUCAUAUACCCUUGUUGUUUAUGUAUAGUGAUCUUAUCUGUUUUUUGUUUGUUACAUUCAAGUUAUUUUCAGUCUUAAAAAUGUGUAUCUGGUUCAGUCUGUAAUUGUGUUUUGUUUUGCAAACUCAACAGUGAUUGAGAGGAUUCACUACUGGUUUAAUAUUCUUCAGACUGUCACACUGUCAUUUCAGUGUUUUAUCCUUUGCCCAUGCUUCAAUGCCUGUGUUUCCCUUUGCAUUGACUAAUAUUUUACUUUGAUGUUUCAAGGAUCUUCCGUCUGCACUUCUAAUCAUUUCCCUUACACCCUCUUCAGAUGGUGAGGCUGGUACAACUCCUUACCCCUCUGUGUCUCCUUCACUGGUACAGGGGCAACAGUAUGGGGAGUGGUUUGUGUCAACUCCUCAUCCCAAUGGUCUGUUAAUCUAGAGAGGUAAGGUUUUUGCCACCUGCCUUUUCCUGUGUCAGAGUGACCAGUUCUUCCUUUGCUAGAUCAUGGACAUCAGGAUGGGAGAACGGGAACAUCCCAGUGACCCAGAUGGAAAUGCUCUCCCGUCCUUUAAGCUGCAAGGAGUACUCUUUGCUCACAGCUUAGAUCCAAGGGAAGGGAAAAGACUUGCUUCUCUCCCUCACCCCCACAGCACACAGAUAUAGAAUCCAUGAAGCUGAGAGUGGGCAGUACCCUUUGCAGCUUAAAUGAGCCUAUGUGGGAUGUGAAAUUGGGCCUGAUGCUCAUGCGCCUCACAGCACCUGAUGCUCAUGCACCUCACCUCAUGCCCAAUUUCCCCACUCCAUUUAGGCUCCAGCUGAAGAGCACAAAGUUGCUUGCUUCCCCUCGGUCUAACAUAUAGUGUCCAGCUUGCGCAGGCACGUUCGGUGGCAGCAUGAGGGCAGGGUGCACAUGUAUACACCACUCCUCCCCCAUCAAAGUUCUGAGAGGAGGCAGGGAUUUCCACCCAGUAUUUUCCUUAAUACCUGGGGGUGGCCCCUAAUAUGCAGAAACCCUUUCUGCUGCUUCCCAGGGUGCAUUUGUGCACACACACACACACACACACACCCCCCAGAGAGCUUGCAUCAAUUUACAGAGAGCAUAUUUUCUCCUGCUGGAACUUUUAAUAGUUCUUUUUCAUGGGCAAAAUCUGGGACUUAGCCAAAGUUAACAUGUUGAAUAAACGUCUUGAGUAUUGUAUUAGACAGCAAAACAAAAUCCUCAGCACUUUUAUUCCGGUUCAUAUUGAAUGCAACUUGGAUUGAGUGUCAGACGUCUAUCCCCUUUUUAAAGUUUUUUUCCUAGAGUAGCAAUAGCGUUUAGUCAGAUGUUGGAGAUAGCAUCUUUUAGUGUUUGUUUUCAUUGACCAUCUGUCAUGAAUGGCUUGAUUAUAGGAAUUCCAACUGAAUGCAGAGGAUUUAGAACACAGAACAUGUAUGUACUUAAUCCAGGACAAAAUUAAAAUGGUAUCAACUAAACCUUU